CGCAUGCGCAUACUGGUUGCCACCUUUGAAAGUAUUUUCCGGGUAUUCUUCGGAGAAUAUGACCCAGACAGACGUUGAGCGACAGUUUUAUUCGUGUCAGUCUCGGUGAACUUUGACGUUUCCCAGUCUACUUUAGCUUAGCUUGCUAGCUAACAACAAAGAGACCCGGAAGUGAUGAACAGAUAGAUCGCUAAGCGGAGGUUAAAGUGUUGCUGUAGUCCGAAAAUGUGUAAAGUCCAAAUGCUGAGAGCGUUGGUGAAUCAGCGGCUCACUGCGGCUGUCGAGGAAAUAUUUGUAGUGUUGGAAAGAACGAUAGCAGAGUACGAGGAGGAACUUUGUCGAAAAAAAGAGGAGAAUGAGCGACAACGUCAACUGCUGGAGGCUGUGUUCAAGGAGCCUCAGGUUGUCUUACACAAAGCAGACGUCAGUGAAGGACAUCUUCCCCAUGAGCAGACGGAGUGGAGCUCCAGGAUGGAGCAGGAGGAGCCACAGCCCCUCAACAUUAAAGAAGAAGAUGAGGAUCACAGCAUCCCUCAGGGGGGAGAGCGUUUCAAAGGACUGGAGGAGUUCCCAGUGAUUGUCGUCACUGUAAAGAGUGAAGAUAAUGAAGGUGAAAGUGAGGAGAAGAGAGAAGCGGAGCCUCCAGGCUGCAGCUCGACUCAACACAUAACAGAAGCCGAUGGAGACCACUGUGGACGAUCACCAGCACACAACCUCUUAGCUCCGCUAUCUGAUAGCGACGACACAACGUCACACUCUCCUGACACGGAUGAUGACGACUCUAAAGCCGAUAUGACACGUCACGAUGACAACACACGCUGUAAGUGCUCGCACUGUGACAAAACCUUUGUUGACAAGGGAAAUCUGAUCAAACACAUGAGAUAUCACACGGGAGACAAACGCUUUGCCUGCUCAGUUUGUGGUAAAAGAUUCUACCAGCGGUCACAUUUGAAAGUACACACACGAGUACACACUGGAGAGAAACCUUUUCCUUGCACGGUUUGCGGUAAAGGAUUCAAUCAAAAAGCUGAGUUGGCGAGACACACGCGAACACACACUGGAGAAGAGAAACCAUUUGCUUGCAUGGUUUGUGGGAAAAGAUUCAACCAAAACGUGGAACUAGUAAGACACACAAGAACACACACUGGAGAUAAACCUUUUCCUUGCACGGUGUGCGAUAAGAGUUUCUAUCAAAAAGGCGACUUGAAUAGACACACAAGAAUACACACUGGAGAGAAACCAUUUUCUUGCACAUUUUGCGGCAAAAGCUUCUCUCAGAAGAUAUAUUUAAUAGGACACACGAGAACACACACGGGAGAGAAACCCUUCCCUUGCACAGUGUGUGAGAAAAGAUUCUCUCAAAAAGGCGACUUAAAUAGACACACGAGAAUACACACCGGAGAGAAACCAUUUCCUUGCACAUUUUGUGGUAAGAGUUUCACCAAGAAGAUAUUUCUGAUCAGACACGCAAGAACACACACGAGAGAAAAAAAACUUUCUUGUUCAAUAUGCGGCGAGCAAUUCGCAAGUGGUACAAACUUGACUGAACACGUAAGAAUCCACACUGGGGAGAAACAUCAACAUUCAGCAGCUCCAUGAUUGGAUCACGAAGACCCCAAAGAGGCAACCUGUGGUCUUCUUGUCAACUCCAUGCUUGUUGGAAAACGAUGCUAUAUUCGCACUUUGGACACAACCUGCCAGCAGUUUAGACAUGAGUGGGGGAACGGUACAUUUACACUUUCCAAGCUGUACACGGACUAUUAUAGUAUUUUCUUUUGUAUUGUCCCAUGAAAAUACAUGGAAUAUUUACAGAAAAGUAUGGCAACGGUCACAUUAUUGUCAAGAUUGCGAAUGAGCAUGUCUGAAUUGAAUUAUUUUAUAAUGUAUAAUUCUAUUGAUAAUAGAAAUUAGACAGGUUACGUCCAUGGUUCCACUCAGUGACCGACUUUUUGUGUGUUGUGAUUGACUUUUGUCA